AUGGAGCCUCCACAAGCCGGCCUGGAUCUGGAAAAGGAGCUGACGUGCUCGAUCUGCACGGAGCUCCUAUACCGACCUUUGACCCUUCUUGACUGCCUUCACACUUUUUGCGGCGCCUGUCUCAAGGAAUGGUUCUCCUUUCAAGCCACGACGGCCGAGCGAUCGCCAAACCCGCCAGUUCCCGGUGCCAACAUCUUUACUUGCCCAUCAUGUCGAGCCGCCGUUCGAGAUACCGCGCACAAUGCCACCGUUGUGACGCUACUGGACAUGUACAUCGCUGCGAAUCCGGAUAAGGAUCGGUCGGCCGCAGAGAAGGAGGAGAUGGCCAAGAAGUACAAGCCUGGCGACCAGGUGCUGCCCAAAGUAAACACCCAUAGAACGGCCGAAGAGCGGCGCGCAGACGAUGAGGAUAGAAGGUUGGUGGAGGAGGUUAGAGAGCUGAGUCUGCAGGAAUCCGGAAUAUCAUCUGGACCCCCAAGGACACGACGUAGACGUGAGAGUCGCUCUGCGGAUGAUAGAGGCAGGUCGGGCAGAGAUCGGAGCUUGGACAGCCGCCAGCGUCGACCAGGACAUCGCCCUCGCACAGACGACGGAGCCCGCCACAGCGCCGACCAGCUGUCCGAGGGUGAACGGAGACAUCGACGAAGCGACUCGAGGCAGCGCCAGAUUGAGCAUCAGUCAUCCAUCAGGUCGCUCAUCAGCUCAGCCGACAUGAGCGAGCGAGACAUUGAGAGAGAAAUCGAGGACUUUGCCAGGCAGAUUCAGGAGGAAGGCCUUCUUGACGGACUUGAUUUGGAUAGUAUCGACUUGAGUCGUGAUGACGAGCUCAGUAGGCGCAUCACCGAGGCGUACCGACGACGACAGAGGGAACGCGCGCGAGACACAUCGCGGAGGAACAACGGAAGUAGCUAUCAGUCAUCAUCACGGCACACAGAGCCUGGGCAGUCGGACUCCCGCAUGCUGGCCCCGGACGGAAAUAGGGCACCCAGAGGAAGACCCCGUCCUCAUUCCAGAUCAACAAGCGCCGCCAGUGCGGCCAGCGCUGCCAGCCAGACCGAGGAGCGAAGUCGUCCACCGCCGUCCAACCCUUCAGCAAAUCUCGAGGUACAGGACACAGGUCGACGGACAAGGCGCAGGACCGCUAGCGGAAGCCGUAGCGCCACGGCGCCAGUCUUUCCAACUACCAACGAGGCCAGGCCUGCUGCCCGAUCUUCAACUGAUCUCACAUUGAGAUCUCAAACCUCGGAUCCCACUCACUCUCGGCCUAGCUUCAGUGAGGGACGUAGCACAAGCACUCCUAUUCACCAUGGACCGUUCCCUAACCCAUCCGAAGCUGCGGCGUCGACGGGCAACAAUGGAAACCUGUCUUUUGCCAACCGGCAAGGAAACACAUCAAACGCCUCGGGUGCAGCGCAGCCUUCAACUGGCCACGCCGAACAAACAGCAGGACGCAGUAGUCGUUCCCGUCCUGCAGACCUCGCGAUUGUUCACCAGACGGUGGCCAGUCCAGUCAGUAGCCCAACUGUCUCGGGACAGGGACACCAGAGAACAAGAUCUCAACUAUUUCCUGAGCCAUCCAUCAGCUGUGCUCGAUGCAACAAACCACACAUUGAGUAUGAGCUUCACUACAAUUGCUCCAUCUGCGCCAGCGGGCAGUGGAACAUGUGCCUCGACUGCUACCGAGCCGGCAAGGGUUGCCUUUACUGGUUUGGAUUUGGUUACGGUGCCUGGUCCAAAUGGGAAAAGACACGCCAGCAGAAAGGAGAUCCCUCAAUGGCAAGGCCACAUCUGCUCACGGCAAGUCGGUAUCGACCUCCUCGUGCCACUCCCGGCGGCGCAGAUGGCCGGAAAACCAUGACGACCGACGAUCCCCGACAUCGACUAGAGAGCGGCACGUUUUGCGCUAGAUGUUCUGCCUGGACAAACGAGUGUUACUGGCGCUGCGAUGUCUGUAACGAAGGAGAUUGGGGUUUUUGCAACAACUGCGUGAAUCAAGGGAGAUCAUGCACACAUACUCUGCUGCCAUUAGCACAUGAAGCCACACAACCAGCUCAAAGCAGAUCAGGAAGCCCGCCAAGAUCACCAGGGAGACCUCCAGCAGCAACCAUCUUCAAAGGACCCAAUGCGUCAAACGCUGGUCCCUUCAAGCCCCUGACAUUUGCGACACGAUGCGAUAUCUGUCAGGAUCCUAUUCUGCCAAACAAGGCAAGAUAUCACUGCUAUCAAUGCACAAGCUCUCUCGUUCCAGAUGCGGCGCCAGGCGAUUACGAUAUUUGCGCUUCUUGCUAUGGCACUCUCGUCACUCAGCGCCAGAUCAGCCCCGAGAACGGUCAUGCCGGUUGGAGGAGGUGUCUUCACGGUCACAGAAUGGUAGUUGUUGGAUUCACUGACGGAAAGAUCGGGCAGUGGAGGUACAUCGCUCAGGACCUAGUUGGAGGUCGUGGCCUACGAUUCGAGCCAGCCGACAAGCCGGAACAUCGUGAGAAGGGACUUCAGAAAUGGGUAUGGCAACGCGGCGAUCAGACAGCAGCUCGUCUCGUCACCAGGGACGUAUCAGAAACAGCACCCUCCAGCGAUGGCUCGACAAACUUCACACAGAGCUUCCCUCCGGAUGGCGGGGUAGGCAUGAAGGCGAGCGCGAGGUGGGGAUGGUAUCCCAAGUCGGGAGCAGACGACGAGCUCCUCUUCCCUCGGGGGGCAGAAAUCAAAGAAAUUGAAGACGUGAACGGAGAUUGGUACUUUGGGACAUAUAUGGGCUCUCGGGGACUGUUCCCAGCGCCGUAUGUGCGGCCGGAUCAGAAUUCCUCUUGA